AUGGUUGACACUAGGAUUCAACUCUUUCUGCAGCAAGCAGAGACCAGAAAAGGUCACCUCACUUGGACUGUUAGUGAAGGUUUUUUUAUUGCCAUCUUAUUCUUGGUCCUCCACAUUGACCAGGGAGUUUACAAUGGGGAGGAAAUUGCAGUGAAAUUGCUUCACGAGAUAAUUGGAGCUGACGAGAGUCAAUUUGAGAAUGAGUUUAGUAAUCUUUUGAGUAUCAAUCAUCCACAUAUUGUAAAGUUAAUUGGUCAUUGUUAUGAAAUGCAUAAAGAACAUGUUGAAUACAAUGGCAAACUACGUUUCUCUCAGCGCACAUACAGAGCUAUCUGCUUAGAAUACUUGCAGGGUGGAAGCCUAGACAGGUAUCUAACAGAAUCUGACCAAGUGGAUAUCUGCAUUACAAUAGCAAUGAAAUGUGUUGAUGGUGAAAGAAACAAUAGGCCUACUGUAGCAGAGAUCGUGCAUAUCCUCAAGGAUACUGAAAAAAGGUUUCUGGAGGAAUCCAUCAAUCACACACAAUUUCUCAUGGAUCAGAGUUUGUCCAGUGACAUCAUUAAGAGUGGACUAGUUGGUGGAAAAGCAGGUACUGCACGAGACAAAGAGGAAAAGCCAUGGCGUUUGGAGAGUCUGACAAUUAGCUACUCAGGAUUAAUCGAUGCGUUCUCGUUUUCGUACAUUGACAAAGCUGGAAAACAACAAACCGUUGGCCCUUGGGGCGCAGGAUACAGUCACCCACAAGAAAAAACCGAAACGAUCCAUUUUGAGCCAUCGGAGUUUGUGGAAGAGGUAUCUGGGUUUUAUGGGAUUCAUUUUGACAACAUUCUUAUGAUGUCACUUACGUUCGUCACCAACAUCAGAACCUACGGACCUUUCGGAAAUCCGUAUCAUCAAAAUGUGCCAUCAACCCCUUUCAGCUUCAGUGCUGCAGAGGACAGUAGCAUAGUGGGAUUCCAUGGUAGAUCUGGACAACACCUCUAUUCAAUUGGAGUAUACAUGACCCAGUGCCCCAGCAAUAUGAAGAUACGUCGGCCCCUCCCAAUGCCAGGACAUAUCUUGCCCACUCCCACGAAAACCGGACCAUGGGGUGGAAGUGCAGGUAUAGCCCGUGACAUCAACGAAAAGCCCUGGCGUCUGGAGAGCCUAACGAUUAGCUACUUGGGCCUGAUCGACGCAUUCUCAUUUUCACACACUGACCAAGCUGGGAAGAAACACAGCAUUGGUCCCUGGGGCGAAGGAUACCAUCACGACAAAAUUGAAACGAUCCGCUUUGACAUUUCUGAGUUCGUGGAAGAAGUAUCGGGAGCAUAUGGGAGUCAUUCUGGGAAUGUUCUUGUGACGAGUCUUACUUUUGUCACCAAUAUCAGAACCUAUGGUCCUUUUGGAAAUGCACAUCAUCAAAAUUUGCCAGCAACACCUUUCAGGUUCAAAGCUGAUAAGGAUAGCAGGAUCGUGGGGUUCCACGGUAGAUCUGGCAAACAUCUCUACUCGAUUGGUGUUUAUACUGUCUAA